AUGGACAAACGCAAGAUGCUGCCAAAGAGAGCGCGUAUGGAUAGCAUGCGGGGUCCGAUCGCCAAUGGACCCCUGCAAUCGAGGCCCCUGGUGGCGUUACUCGACGGUAGGGACUGCACCGUCGAGAUGCCAAUACUGAAGGACGUAGCCACAGUAGCGUUUUGCGACGCUCAGUCCACGUCGGAGAUACACGAGAAGGUGCUCAACGAGGCCGUAGGCGCUCUCAUGUGGCACACUAUCAUACUCACCAAGGAAGACCUAGAGAAGUUCAAAGCGUUGCGGAUCAUUGUCCGCAUUGGGUCCGGUGUGGACAAUAUCGACGUUAAAGCGGCGGGAGAACUAGGGAUAGCUGUAUGUAAUGUGCCGGGCUACGGCGUUGAGGAGGUUGCGGACACGACGAUGUGUCUCAUAUUGAAUUUAUACCGACGGACGUAUUGGCUCGCAAAUAUGGUACGGGAAGGGAAAAAAUUUACAGGUCCAGAGCAAGUCCGCGAGGCGGCGGCCGGCUGCGCCCGCAUACGCGGCGACACGCUCGGCAUCGUGGGGCUCGGCCGCAUCGGCUCGGCGGUCGCACUGCGCGCGAAGGCGUUCGGCUUCAACGUCAUAUUCUACGACCCGUACCUGCCCGACGGCAUCGAGAAGUCGUUGGGUUUGACCAGGGUUUAUACGCUUCAGGACCUCCUUUUCCAGAGUGACUGUGUGUCAUUGCACUGCAGCUUAAACGAACACAAUCACCACCUUAUCAAUGAAUUCACUAUCAAACAGAUGCGCCCAGGCGCGUUCCUAGUGAACACUGCGCGCGGCGGGCUCGUGGACGACGAGGGGCUCGCGUCCGCGCUCAAGCAGGGCCGCAUCCGCGCCGCCGCGCUCGACGUGCACGAGAACGAGCCCUUCAAUGUCUUCCAGCAAGGGCCGCUGAAGGACGCGCCGAACGUGCUGUGCACGCCGCACGCCGCGUUCUACUCGGACGCGUCGGCGCAGGAGCUGCGCGAGAUGGCGGCGUCGGAGAUCCGGCGCGCCAUCGUGGGCCGCAUCCCCGACUGCCUGCGCAACUGCGUCAACAAGGACUACUUCCUGCCGGGCGCCGCGCCCGCGCUGCCGCCGCCCGCGCCGCCGCUGCAGCCGCCGCAGCCGCCGCCCGCCGUCACCUACACGGAGGGCAUGAACGGCGGCUACUACGGUGGCGGGGGCGCGCAGGCGGCGCACUCCACCACGGCCGUGCACGAGCCGCCCGCGCUGCCGCAGCCGCCCGCGCCGCAGCCGCCGCCGCCGCAGCCGCCCAUCACUCUGCCGAUCAACACUUCGGACCCGGCUAACCACCAGAUGAAGCAAGAGAGCUCCGACGUCCAC